AUGGGAGCCACAGGUGUCGGAGUUCUAGUCUGGAAGAUUCUGCUACUGAUCCUGCUGAGUGGAGUUCUGCUCACCAUUGAAGCUGCUCCUGCCGAGGUAACCGAAGGAGUGACCCAUCCGCCACCCGAGCAGUUGCAAACGGAGUCUCGAUCCCGCAAGGACGAGGACCUGGACUUGGAAGAAGACCUGGACGGACGCAAUGCCUAUAUCAACAAUCAGUUUGUGCCCAGCGAACCGGCGGAAGUCCUAGAGGAUGAGCAGAACACGCCGCUCUACGAGAUCCUUCAGAAGCAGAUGGAGCAAGUGCUGGCCUCGUCGGCUCCCAAUGACCCUAUCUACGAGCAGCACCGCGAGAAGCAGGAGCGCCGCGACCAGAAGCCACCACACCAGCCAACGUACUUCUCCGGCGGAGAUCGCGAUGGUGAACUACAGGACGACUACGAGGACGAGGAGGAUCAGACGGAUCAGGGCUAUCCGGCGGACCCCGAGAAACCGGACGCCGUCUCAGGUGCUCCCGAGGAUGAGGACGCAGGCUACCAGGCACCUUCGUUGAGCCUUCCAAGCAGCACCACCCGCAAGCCGUACAGGCGACGCAGCACAACCAUAUCUCAGCCACGAACCACCAGAACCAGAACCUCUGCGCAGCCCAGAACCACAGCAAGACCACUGAACCAAACCAGCACCACGGAGCAGUCAACAACUGUGACCACCACCACUCCUCGGCCCAAGACUAGUUCCAGUAUCAAGCCCAAGACAACUUCCCAACCGGGCAACAGUGCGUCUAGUGACCCGCAGGUUUACCAGCACAAGCGGCGCAUCAUCUUCAAGACCAUCUCAACGGGCUCCCAGUUCGUCAACUCGCCCAUCGGAGACCUUAUGAUCAAGUUCUCCAUCGGAUUCGCCAAGCCAAUCACUCCGGGUGGCGCCACCAGCACUACGAGUCCACAAAGUUCCUCCAGCGAGGCUUUACGAGCGCUUUCCCAAAACUUGAUUCGAAAUUUUGAACUCCAGAAACUAAGAAGAGCGAACAAAGUUCAAAAAUAUUAA